CAAACGUGCUCGCUGUUCAGAGUGCAUCUACAUCGCCACAUAAGAACACUAUCUCCCAAAAUGCUUUGCGUUGUCCUACGUGUGCGUCAGUGGUGCGACAAAAAUCUGUAGUUAAACAAACCAAACACGGGUGUUUUCAACAUAAUUCAAUAAUGGAGUUGGAACAGGCAAAAGAAGAGUCCAGUUCUGCAGCCCAGCCAACACCAACACCUCCCUCUCAGACAAAGAAGCCAGGUCAGGCCCUGUACGUACCCAAGCAACGACUCCCUAGCUCCAAAGAUAAAGCUCAGACUCAGGGAGAAGUAAAACCAAGACCCAGGCCCCGCUACACAGACAAGGCGAGGAAAAACGCCAAGAACAAGAAGGACAAGGCUGGAGCAGCAGAUAAGGGAGCGGCUGUUGGAGGAGAAGAUGGAAGUGGGAUCCAGAAUGGUGAUCCCGAUAUGAAGGAAGGGCAGUUACAGGAUACAGAUGUGCAGGUUAAUGGGCAACCUGACUCGACCAAUGUGGAGGCAGAUCUUGCAUCACGGCUGGAAGCAGCAGCCAUUGAAGAAGAAGAAGAAGAGGAAGAAGAAGAAGGGGAAGAGGAGAGUUGGGAUACCUUGUUCAAUGAUGAUGGAGACUCCCUGGAGCCACUUGAAGAGCUGGCUGUGAAGGAAGGUAGAAAGAAGAAGUCAGUCCAAGAGGCCAGGUUUGAUUACUACAACACAGACCGAGAUGACGAUGAUGACCUCGACCUCACAGAGGACGAACUUGCUCACAUUGUAGAGAUCUACGACUUCCCUGGAGAGUUUAAGACUGAGGAUCUUCUCAAGUUAUUUCAGUCCUACCAACAGAGAGGUUUUGACAUCAAGUGGCUUGAUGAAUCAAACGCCCUGGGCCUCUUCUCAAGCCCCAUAGCAGCUCGUGAAGCAUUAAGAACCAAACACCCACUGAUGAAGUUGCGACCACUCUCCAAAUCCUCUUCCGCCACGAAGGCCAAAGCUCGUAGCUGCUCAGACUACCUCCUGCCUGCUAAAGAGAGACCUGAGACGAGUGCAGCACUGGCUCGCAGGCUUGUGAUCGGUGCCCUCGGUGUAAAGAGCAACCUGACAAAUGAGAAGCGCGAGGCAGAGGGGAAGAAACUCCAGGAGGCCAGAGAUCAAAAGCGCCUUGCAGCCAAAGAGAAGGAAGAUGCUUGGGAGGGGAAGUGAUUGGACGGAAAACUGCCGUUUUUAAUUUUGUUUUGUUUUAGAUUCCUUGAUUCAGCAGAGGCCAAAGUCUUCUCUGUUUCUUCUCCUGCUCUGUUUUUGUCAACUGGCCACUCCUUCCUAUCACCACACUUCCCAGAAUUUAUUUUCCUUCUUUCUGCCGCAGUCCUUCACCAACUGUUACCGAACAUCAUCAUCCUCUGUCCGUUUGCCUGCAGUGUUACAUCAGCCUUUAUGUUCACACUUUGUCCAUGCUGUGACUGUUGCCUCUGUGCCACGGCCGGGGCUUACACAAAUGAUGCACCUGGGUUUUCUUUCAUUUCUUAACAUUGUAACCACAUUCUCUAGAGAAUCACCAAGUUUAAUCCAAUUGAAUAGAUCUAAAGCCUCAUGUUUGUCUUAAUAUGAUUUUUUUUUAAAAUGUUUUUAAAGAUGACCCAAGAGAUUCACCUGUAAAUGUGAGGGAAGCAAUUAUUAUUUUUUUUUUUAAAGGUCCUGUAAUAUUAAAGUGACAAUGUGUUAGACAAAACUUUUGCUUUAACUAAUCAUUAUGAAGUAUAUGUUGAAUGCACACCGUCAGCGUUUAGAUUGGUUCCCUAUAAGCCUCGCUUUCUCUAAGUUUUCCGUUUCCGCUUUAAAUUCAGUCAUGACGAUACAGUUCAUCGCUAUAAUCUAUAUGAAGAAAUUGUUGAGAUCGGACGAUGUGUGACGACCCGUUAGCUCGUCUUAAUAUUUUUUGCAGAAGUGAAAAGCCUCCAAAGAAGCUGCCGCUGUUGUUGCCCAGUUUCAUGGCUGUUCUGAAGGUUAAAUCCUGAAGGCGUGCUUUGUGUUGUGUGAUCGUCUGCACACAUUUUCAACGAGAGGAGUCUUGUUGUCCAAGUGGAACAGAUCAUGAUGACAAUACGCUUGCCAUUCAUUCUGAAGAACACAUUUCAACCAAAUAAGCUUUUAGUUAAAAGACGUAUUCUGUCUUUAUCUCGCAAGCCAGUUAAAAAUAAGAACUUUUUUUUGGGAGAAAAAGUGUUGAUACUGGGGCUUUAGAGGAUUCAUACCUCGUCCAUGUUUGAUGUGUUUGUACAAUAGUUGAGGCAACAUUUUUGGUGGUCCUUUAAUACAUUUACAAUAAGUAGUAUGAGGUCUUAAAGUGUCUGCACAGUGAUAGAUCUAGGGUCAGUUAACUUGAAUGAAACUAUUGAGCAGAUAAUGUAUUUUAGCUGCAUACAAGUAUUUUCAUGAAAUAAUUUGUAGAAUUAGUGAAGUUUUGUUGUUUCUGCUCCAGUUAAAAUAUUAAAUGAUCUAUUAGUUACUUAGAAAAUUCUGCAACAUUAGGGUUCAUAACUCUUUCAAACUGCGUUGGAUAAAAAAAAAAAAAAAAUAGUGCAACAUGCUGUUUUUCUUUGUACCUGGAAAGUUGAGAUUUUGGACUUUUCACUAGAAAGAGACAACGUUUCAUAAUUCAGCUUCCUGAAACGUACACAUCCAGGCUCAGGAGACUUUUCCAGCUGCCUCCUCUGAGGCUUCACCCAGCCAACCACAGACCACGUGACACUGCGUCUCCUUCACCUCAGCCAAUAAUUAAGCAUUUUUCUUUUGCUCGGAGAAAGGGCUGCAGCUUCAUUAGUUUUACUGCUAAUUAUUUCAACUUGCAAAAGAAAGUGCAGUAAACGAUCUGCUAGCUGUUGGUGGAUAUGUUAAUAUAGUAAUGCAACACAUUGCUGGGUACAUAAAUGUUAGAUCAUUCAUGUUAAAAUGAUAUUUUGCCUGCACUCUACCAGUACUAUAUAUCCAAACAUCAAUGCAUACCAUUACGGCUGUAAAGAAUCCAGUUUGUGUCAUUGGCUGAGGACGACUACAUGCAACGUGGCUCACAGUGGGCUGAUUAAAGUGCUGCAGCCUCAGAGGAGGCAACUUUACAGGCUCAGUUUCUGCGUUCAUUUCUAUUUAAAUCAGUAGUUCACAAUGAGCAUGACAAAUUAACAUUAAUGUUAUUAAAGUACGAUCUCUGCAGGUAUUAAUCUCUUUGUUUUUUUAUAAUUGUUUUUUCCCUUUUUUUCUAAAAUGUAUUUGCACAGCAGAAGCAUUAAGAAUGAUGGAUUUAUGUUUGUGCACAUCAUACAUACUCAUGCAUUAAGGUUGAUGGAAAUACAGCAUGUAUUUUGAGAAGGAAAUAAAGCUGUGACAGCGAUGCUAUUUUAUUAAUGGAGGAAAUAUAAAAAAACAAAAACAAUGAUGGUAUUGCACGUUUUUUAAUAAUACCUGCUCUCACACCAUUAUGUAAUAAUGUAUGUCAACUUUUUCAGGAAGUGAACAUAAUGAGAUGUAAAGGUAAAUAUGCCAAUUUAAGUUUGUUGUGAUUUUUACUAUCUACUAUUUUGAACUUUAAAUGGUCAUAUAGUGUGACAAACUCAUACUCUCUAUUCAUUUAACUUGCACCAAAAUCUCUUUAGAAGACAAAACGAUAGACACAAAAAGUAUUGUAUGUUGAUUUCUCAUAACUUAAGCUUUCUGCAGACUCUAGUGUUCAGAUUGUGUUGUGAUAUAUUAAACCCUUUUCUUGUUA